GGAGAAGUCAAAAGUAAGCGUGCUCACCCUUUUGGUUACGCACUACCAGAACAGACCCGAUAACAAGAAAGAACAUGAUGAGUCCGCCUCUUUUGCUCCACCAGGAGCGUACGUCCGAAAACGGACACCUACAGGAGAACGCUUGUCCAGCUUCAAAUAAGAUGCUGACCGUUACAACUCCAUUAUCCAGUCCUCCUCCACUGAGUCCUCCCCUGCCUCAGCCUGACGACUAUGGACCACGCAUCGACCGACCCGGCCGAGUGUUGAGACCUUUAAGUUUUUUUGAUGUUUGGUGCGUAGUCGUGCUAGUGUUAAUAUUUAUACUCUCAACCUUAGGCUUAUCCCAUGAAACAAUAUUUAUACAAUGGAUGAUCAUGUCGUAGUGUUAAUACAAUGGAUGAUGAAAGCGAAAGGUACAGGUAGCAAAGUUCAUCUUGUUCCAACCUUCUCUGUUUGCACUUACUAGAGUAAUCUCCUACUUAGCUUCUAAUUGCCGGCAACGAAGCAACCAUCUUGCUACCGCCAACGCCUCUUUGUGCUAGUAACCGGAGUGCUCCCGUCACCGCAGGCGUUUCAGAGAUUUGUAUCUCAGUCAACAGUUGUUAUGUUGACAAUGCUUGAGUUGAUGAACAGAGUAGGUGUAGCUGUAUUCAUGCUUGCUCAGAAAAUAAUUAGCUAGGAGCAGGUGACUUCAAGUGGGAAACUUUACGGUUGCAAGUUAAUCCUAAUGUUAAGGCUCAACUUUCAUUGGUCAUUGAGGUUAGUCACUGAGAUCGAAGAGGAGACCCCUGGAGGAAAGAUGGGGGGAAAACGAAGGGAAAGGGGAGAGCCUUGAAGGGGGUCCGUCCCUUCCGUUCAGGGUCAGUGACCAUUGAAUGCUGAGCUUUAAUACUAGUUGUAGGGACACUUUUCCUGCCAUAACAAUGACCUGUUGGCAAAUAAAGCUAGAGCUUCAGGAGCUGCCACGCUUAUGCGACUGGGAGAAGUUGGACCAGCACAGCAACAGUUUGGGCUGGCAGGUGUAGAAGAUGAAGAACAAAUGUUGAGGUUGACGAGUCCAGUAGCAGUUUUUAAUGUUGAACAGCAGAAGCAGCAGCAGCAGCAAGAAGUAGCACAAGCAGCGCCACAAGUGUCGGCAUCGUUGAGUACAGUAGAAGCUACAACAAGUACUCCUCCAGUACCAUUUGCUAAAAGUAAAACAAGUACCACCUCCACUUCACCGAAGCAAGAACCCAGAUUGUCAUUCAUAGGUGCACGCGCAGACUCUCCCACAAGCACUAGUUUCAAGGACAAGGAAAAGAAAAAGAGCAUGUUGAUAUGGCAAACUGGAGGUUAGAGGUUCUUGUUAUAUAUUCAUACUAAGUAAGAGAAUCAGAAUGUGCUUAAUAUCGUGCGAAUGAAUAUUAUCAAUUUUCGAAUGAACUCCUGCCAGUCUAAGACACUAAUCUCGAGAUUCAAUCAUGAAACAACGUUCAUCUUCACCAUGAUAACAACAAUGUUGACGCUCUUCCCACAACUCCUUCUAAAAAGGGUAAACACAACGAGCAAAAGCAUGAGCGAUAUCAGAUGGGACAAGACGCGGGCGCUUUCUAGUUAUGACCAGCUUAUUAUUUAUCCGUCUUCAAUUUGUUUUUCAGAAACACCUCGACGCAACCCUUUGAGGCCCUCCAUGAAAUACUCCAACAAGGUAAAGCAAAGGGGUCGAGAUGAAGUGACCUUGAGUUUGUGGUGACCUUCUAAUUUCCGAUUUAGAGUGGAUCUUAUUUUCGAGCAACUACAGCUACUUUACUUACUUUAUUUACUUACUUUACUUACUUACUUAUAUUUUGGUUAUUUUUUUACCCGAGAUGAAUACCCGCCAAAUCUUCUAAUCUCGAGCUUUGUCCUCUGCCGCUGUUGGUGCCUCGCAGACUUCGAGAGCUUCUCUAGCGGAAGUGGGUCCGGUCGUCUCUGAGACGAUUUCAGGCGCCAUUGGAGGGAAGAAAUUUGUCGAACGUAAGAACACACGGCAGAGCUUUUUGUGCGAGGCAGCUUCACUCUUCACCGCAAACAACAUGUUGUUGCAGUCGACGGGUCCCGCUUCGAAUGACUCGGAUGAAGAUGAUGAUGAACAAGACUUUGAAGAAGACUUUGAAGACGAUGAUGAUUUAUACUCUUCUAGGGCAGGGUCUGGAUCGGAUACGGAUUUUGGCGAAUCGAGAACGCUUCGUAACAGACAGAACAUUAUGCUGGCCCCACUUAAAAAUCCAUCUUUAUUUAGCCUGAGUUAUCCUUCCCAGUCCCAACUGUAAAAUUGCGGACGAAGCAGAUGAGGGAAAAGAUGGAUAGUAGAACUGAGAUCUAAGAACAUGAACAAUCAGCAAUCUUCGAAGAUAAUCAGGAGACACGUGAUGGGCAACCACAUCGGCGCAGCAAACGCCCAAGGACCACGGAAAUGCAGAGUUACAAGUAUGGAAGUCGUGGGGAUUGAAUGAUUAUCAGUACUUGCUUCUAGAGAAAUUGCAAUUAGCGCACUUCCAUCAUGAUUCACCGGCUUCCUCCUAACUGACCCCCUUCACUGACCCCCUUCCAAAAGCCUUUUUUCCAUCCUAGUUCAUAGAGAUCACGCCCUUUCUCUAUUAUGGGAUCGAUCCGUGCGCUGAGACGUUUGUGUGCACUUACCGGAUGGACUUGGAAGCGGAUGUACCCAUGUCAGACUGGGAUGCGAAGGCUAAGGGUUUAUUCCAAGACGGACUAGAACACCAGGACGAAAACGAUCGACAAGAGAAGAAAAUAGACGAGAAGCAGGAGCUUAAAGGGACGAGAAUAGAUCGAGAUCAAGAACAACAGUCUAGUACUAGUUGUAGAGGAGGGGAUAAAAAUCAUAAAGAUGUCAACGCCGUGAAUGAAGUAGACGAGCCUGACGGGGAAGCCGCGCAAACCGCCGUGACAUCCUCAUCCGCACAUCCUCAUCAUCACAGUACAGCAGCUUCUUCACGAACCGGAGGACCUCAAAAGGAUGGACAUGCUGGUGAACAUCAACUUGACUACAGUCCUCAUGAUUGUUCAUCGAAUGUUUCUAGUGGAAUACCCGCUUCAGAUUCAUCUGAGCACGAUGUAGAGCUAGAUCACACUACUCAUAUUUCCGGCAAAACCAGAACUCCUAUUAAGGGUUGGAAGUCUAAAAAUGCUACAAGAGCACCAAAGCCAAACCACAAAGUAGGAGCCUCAUCUUCUUCAUCAUCAACUCCAUCUAUGCCACAACUCUCAACCUCGAGAACGACGCAGAUAGAGACUUUUGCGGAGAGUGAAAGCACAAGUUGUCCCUUCCCCUUGCCGAAAUUCAUCCAUAAGAACAGUAUCAAUUUGCAAGUUUUCUGGACUACGUGGAGCGCAGAAAUGCUAGAAGAUGAAAAGAGAAGAAAAAC